CGUCGGAAAACGGACGUCAAACCGGAAGGGGAUGGCGGGAGCGGCUCUGAAGCGACUUUGGUUGCGAAGCCGCGGAGAGGCAGGGAUCGCGGCAACCGCGAAGCCAGGCGUGUGGACGAGGUUGGGCACCUGGGCCCGCGCGCUGCUCCGGGACUACGCCGACGCUUGCAGGGACGCGGCGGCGGCGGCGCGGGCUCGGCCAGGCCGGGCGGCCGUUUACUUGGGGCUGCUGGGCGGCGCGGCGUCCUGCUGCGCUCUGGCGCCGGACGAGGCGGCCUUCGAGGAGGCCCUGCUCGACGCGUCGGGGACCCUCCUCCUGCUGGCGCCGGCCACGCGGAACCGCGCCUCGGAAGCGCACGUCCAGCAGCUGCUCUGGCUGCGCGGCCGCGGGCGUCUGCGCCACGUGAACCUGGUCCUCUGCUCGCUGGUGUACGAGGCGCCCUACGACGCCCAGGCCAGCCUCUACCAGGCCCGCUGCCGCUACCUGCAGCCCCGUUGGGUCGAGUUCCCACACCGGAUCCUGGACGUGGGCUUCGUGGGCCGCUGGUGGGUGCUGGGCGCUCGGAUGCGCGACUGCGACAUCAACGACGACGAGUUCCUCCACCUGCCGGCACAUCUGCGCGUCGUCGGGCCCCAUCAGCUGCACUCGGAAGCCAAUGAGCGGCUCUUCGACGAGAAGUACCGGCCGGUCGUGCUCACGGACGACCAGGUGGACCAGGCGCUGUGGGAGGAGCAGGUCCUGCAGAAGGAGAAGAAGGACAGGUUGGCCCUGAGCCAGGCCGACUCGCUGGUGGCGAGGGUCCGCGAUGAAACCCAGUGAGGCCUGGGUCCCGCCCAGCCCGAACCUGGGCAGACGGUUCGCCCGGGAUUGUGCAAUUGCUGUGAGUGAGCCCCAGGUGCAGUGACUGAAAUAAAUCAUAUGUAAAGUGCCCUCGCUGGGUUUUCGCAAAAUUAGGAGGCCUUUCUCCUCCUCACACUGUUCUUAAUGCUAUAGCUACUUCAGAGCCUUCGUGGUCUAGGAGUUGGGGAGAGCAGAUGUGACAAAAGUUUAUGUUUAUUGCUGCCGGUUAGUAAUGAGCCUUGUACGUAAAUUGGCGCUUUUCAUUGGGCCCCUCCAUCCCCUUGACUGAAGCGUCAUAUGUCAGGUGACUCCCAAGAUCUCCAGCCAUUCAGAUUUUCAUUCUGAAUUAUGAGCUACAAUGUUUAUACUCCCAUUUUAAUGAGUAAAUUUUAAAAACAUUAAACUUAUUUUGAAAUCAUUAUAGUUUCAGAGUAAACUGGAAAGAUAAUACAGGACAUCCUUUGUACCCUACCCCAGCUUCCUCCACAUGGUAACAGUUUUUAAGCCUUACCAAACUAGAGAUUGACGUUGGUAUGAGUAUUUGGCUGUUACAGGGACACUUUGUGUAAAAGAGCCUGCUUUUAUCAUUUGUGUAUUAAUAGUGAUGUUAAAGUGAGUUGGAAGAAUAAAAUAUUCUCUGAUCAGGAAAUCUGUGUGGGAGCAUAGAUUCUGGUUAUGUUCCACUUCAGUAACCUUUAAAACACAGACUUGUAUGGAAAGGAGUAUGUUAGCUGGCACUUAGCUAGGUUAUGGUAAUCGCACUUUAAAAACUAAACUUAUGCCAGCACCAGUUUGGCUCAGUGGAUAGAACGUCAGCCUGCGGACUGAGGGGUCCCAGGUUCAAUUCUGGUCAAAGGGCAUGUACCUGGGUUGCAGGCACAUCCCCAGUAGGAGGUGUGCAGGAGGCAGCUGAUCGAUGUUUCUAACUCUCUAUCCCUGUCCCUUCCUCUCUGUAAAAAAUCAAUAAAAUAUUAAAAAAAAAACACACUAAACUUACAGCAGGCUCGCCAGGCCCGGAGGCGGGCUGCACAGGCCCAGCGCCCCAGGGAGGUGGAGUCUCAGUGAAAAAUAGUCUCUGAACUGAAUCCUGAACUUGUCUUGUUGGUCAAAAGAUUAAGGUACCAAAUUUCCUUUUCAUUUGAUAGUAUUAUCAUUAACGUUGUUAAACCCCUCCCCCCAAAACCUUAAUGUUCCAUAAUAAAGUGAUUAGAAAAUCAGUAAACAAAAAACAACUAAACUUACAGGCAUGAUACUUUCUUACCUAGGUGCCCUGUUGGUAGUUAAUAAAACCAGGAGAUGAAACAA